AACCGCGGGAACUUGUGAAAUUGAAAAGGUACCUUAAUCAAACUCUCUGCGCUGAUACUACCGUGCAUGUUACGGGGUAAUUUACUCUUUUGAAUGUGUUUGACUUAGAUAUGGCGGACAAAGUAAAGGCGAGUAUUUCUGCAGCAUUCAAGAUGAAUGGUCUUGCACUGAGAAGCAAUGCACUGAAAUACCUUGUUGCAGCUCUCACACCAGUCACAGAAACAGAAAGAAAUCAGUGGGUGGAGAAAAUCAUUGAAGCAGUACAGAAACAGCCUUUAUCUUCUGCUCUACUGGAUAAGGCUAUAAUAGAGGCUGCCAUUGAAGAAUGCAGCGAUGGAGGGAAGGAAGAAAAUGAGAAAAUGUUUAAUGUCAUCGACUCUUUCACAGUACCAAGAUACACUUACAAUGCAGACAGAAAGAAAUUCCUUGUGAGCAAUGAUGCCCCUAAUCUCCAUGCUUCAGCAAAGUACAAGGCAGAUCUGUUCCGUGAGAGGUAUAACAUCCUGCUUCAAAGGACAUCCAGACAUAGUCUGUUCUCUCCCCCUGUCCAGGGUGCUUCCAUUGAAACACAGGGAAAGAAGUUUCAGUUAAAACCAGUUGAAUUUCUCUUAGGAAGCACAGCCAAGUUAGGAGAACUGAUUGUAUUGGGUAUGCUAACACAGCUCAAAGAGGGCAAAUUUUAUUUAGAGGAUCCUACUGGUGCUGUUCAACUCGAUCUAGCCAAAGCACAGUUUCAUACAGGUUUAUUUACAGAGAACUGUUUUGUGUUAGCGGAAGGAUGGUAUGAGGAUGAAGUCUUCCAUGUCAAUGGCUUUGGAUUUCCUCCAGCUGAGCCAGCAGAUACAACAAGGUCCUACUUCGGGAACCUUAAUUUCUUUGGAGGUCCCUCUGCAACCUGUGCCAAGUCUUCCACCAAGCUCAAGCUGCGUGAGCAGGAGAAUGAGGAUGCCAUGAUGGUCUUUCUCUCUGAUGUCUGGCUUGAUAAGGUGGAUGUCCAAGACAAGCUCCGGAUCCUUCUCACCGGUUACUCUGAAAUGCCUCCCAUGUGCUUUGUCUUCUGUGGAAACUUCACCUCAACACCCUAUGGUCCCAGUCACAACAAGAUCCUCAAAGAAUCAUUCCAGACCCUUGCUAACAUGAUCUGUGAGUUCAGUUCCCUGGUAGAGCAGAGUAGGUUCAUCUUUGUUCCUGGCCCAGAAGACCCAGGUCCAGGAAAUGUCCUACCAAGACCUCCAAUUCCAGAGUGCCUCACAGAAGUAAUUACAAGUAAAGUUCCUACUGCAGUCUUCACUACAAACCCUUGCAGAUUACAGUAUUGUACACAAGAGAUCAUCAUCUUUAAAGAAGACAUUGUCAUGAAGAUGUGUAGGAACUGCAUCCGUUUCCCUGACAACAAUGAUGAGAUUCCUGAUCAUUUUGUGAAAACCAUUGUAUCACAGGGUCACCUAUGCCCCCUGCCCCUCCACGUCUGUCCUGUGUACUGGGCCUAUGACAAUGCCCUACGGAUCUAUCCUCUGCCUGAUGUCAUUGUCUUAGGGGACAAGUAUGACCCUUUCACUAUCACGAGUGUCGGUACAACAUGCACAAACACGGGAUCAUUUUCAAAGAGUGGGUACUGUUUCAAAGUCUAUUAUCCCCACUCAAAGGAAAUAGAAGACAGCAAAAUUGAUGAAAUGCCUGCCUGAAGUCCUCUCUAAAAGAUGCCCAUAUCUAUGUAUGAUGGAAAGAACUAUGUUUCAUUGACUCAUCGGAAUUCCUUGGUACCCAUGAACUUACCCUUUAUUUAGAUUUCAUAAGAUAAUGAAGAUAAUUGGCCUGAAUUUGUGAGAAUGGAUUUAAUAUAUUUUCUUUUAAGACAUGCUUUCACAGCAAAACAAAAAAGAUUUGCAUAAAGAUGGAAAUACUUCAGAAAAGAAAUCAUAUAUUUCACAUUAGUUCACUUAGAUUCCCAAGUGUCCAUUUGAGUUUUAUAUAUAGCAUCAUAAAUUUUUCAGAGGAGUCAAUGGAAGUUUGAAUCCAGCAUCCUACAUCAACAAAUUUAAAAAAUAAAUUGUCAACCACAUGUCUAAUGGGGGAAAAUAGCAACAUGUAAAACAGAAAAUUAUAACCAAUAGCAAGUUAAUGCAGACCAACAAAUCUAUUAUAAAUCUAAUUCCAUUUUUUUUAAGUCUUGAGGGAUUA